AUGGUUAAGUCUGCGCGUCGUCGACAGCGGAAGGCUGCGAAGGCCCAGGAGGUCGACGAUGACGCUCCUCGCAUCGUCAUCAUCCGCAGAGGCUCGUUGCGCCCGGAACUGAAGCAACUGGUACGGGACUUGCGUGUUCUGGUCUCGCCGAAUUGCGCGAGUCGGCUGAAUGAGGGCUCUCACCAAAAAAUGAAGGACUUCACGGAAGUCAGUGAGGCGUUGGGGCUCACGCAUCUGCUUGCAGUGAGCGAGACUGAGCGCGGCUGCUACCUCAAGGUGGCGAACCUGCCCAAAGGCCCGACAUUGACCUUCGCCAUUGAUGCUAUGGCGUUGGUGUCCGAUAUCGCAAAGAGCAGCUCAAACCCGAAAUCCAUCGGUGGAGCCUGCCACUUUUCGCCGUUGGUGGUUCUGAACGGGUUUUCAGGCGCGCCUGGUGGCCGCGGCCGCUCUUCCGUUGACGAAACCGCGACGGCUAUGAAAACGGUGGCGACGACGUUGAACGGCAUGUUCAGCCCUAUUGACGUGUCGACCGUCAAGAUGCAGAACUGCAAGCGCGUUGUUCUGUUCGACAAGGAUCGCAAAUCCGACGUUAUAGUCAUGCGUCAUUACCUGAUAAACCUGGUCGACUGCAACACGUCGAACGCGGUGCAGGAGCUGAUCGACAAGCGCUCCAUAAAGCGGCUCAUGCAGGACAAGGGCGCGUCCUUCAAAGAUGUCUUGCGCACUGCCACCGGAGGCAAGCUUGACGUCUCGAAUCUCAAUGACGACUACGUGGAGCUCAACAACGUGGACCACGGUGAUGCGAUACUGCGCCACAAAUACGGUCUUCCCGGGCGGAGUGACUUGGAGGAGGCAGACGACGAAGCCAACAAAUUAGCUGUAAGGCUGACGGAGGCGGGCCCCCGUCUGAACCUACGCCUGAUAAAAGUAGAGGCCGGCGUGUUUUCUGGCGGAGUUAGCUUCCACAAGUUCGUGAGCAAGACGCCGGAGGAGAUAGCACGCCUCGAGGCGCUCUCCGCAGAGAAGCGACGCAUGGAAGCCGAGGAGGCGGAGCGCAAGCGGCGCAAGGCGGAGGGUGACGAUAAGGGCGACGCCCAGGAAGAGGAAUCAGAUGAAGCUGAAGAGUCUGACAGCGACUAG